GUCACCGCAGGACUGAAUGAAGCGUCAUCGUUCCCACAGUAGAGCGCGCGUCUGCACGGGCCUCGCUCCAGCGAUCGGGGAAAUUUUAUUAGAACGUUCAACACAAAUUUUCCAAUAGGUGUCUGCAGCCAUGCAGAACAGAGGUACCGGUUUUCGUUUGCCAUCUUGCCUUCUGCGGCUCGCUUGGCUGCUCUGUGCAGUUCGGGCGGACGGUUUGGUCAACGAGGAGGUGAGACGCACGCUCGACCUCAGCACGCACCUCGCUAAGGUGUCGGCGGAGGUGCUCGUGGCGAACCACGGAGCCUCGGCCGUGCAAAGCUUUACCCUCGCGCUGGAGUCCGACCUUGCGCCGCACCUCGCAUACAUCGGAGCGUCUGUGAAAGGUGACGAGGAGGAAGAUAAUUCCCUGGCGUUGAAGGAGACGUCCAUCCAAGGCCGCAGUGGUACGUUCUUCCAGGUGCAGCUGCCCUCCGCACUGGCCGUGGGCGAGAAGCUGCGUGUCAAGGUGGAGACGGUGUUCACACACGUGCUCCACCCGUUCCCUAGCCACAUCACCCAAGCGGAGAAGCAGCUGGUGGUGUUUCAGGGCAACCACUACCUGUACUCCCCGUACCCCACCCGCAGCCAGACCACCCGGGUCAGACUGGCCUCCAAAACUGUGGAAAGCUACACCAAGCUGGGCAACCCCAGCAAGAAUGAUGAGGUGAUCGAGUACGGCCCGUUCAAGGAUGUCCCAGCUUUCAGCCAGGACGCUAUGAAGAUCCACUACGAGAACAACAGCCCGUUCCUCACCAUCAGCAGUAUCACUCGCACAAUCGAGGUCUCCCACUGGGGCAACAUCGCCGUGGAGGAGACCAUUGACCUGAGGCACACUGGUGCGGUGCUGAAGGGACCCUUCUCCCGCUACGACUACCAGCGACAGGCUGACAGCGGCAUCUCCUCCGUCAAGUCGUUCAAGACCAUCCUCCCUGCCUCGGCUCAGGACGUGUACUACCGCGAUGAGAUCGGCAACAUCUCCACCUCCCACCUGCAGGUGCUGGAGGACUCUGUCGAGGUCGAAGUCCGUCCCCGGUUCCCACUCUUCGGAGGCUGGAAGACGCACUACAUCAUUGGUUACAACCUGCCAAGCUACGAGUAUCUCUACACCUUGGGUGACCAGUACGCCUUGAAAAUGCGUCUGGUGGAUCAUGUCUAUGAUGACCAGGUUAUCGACCAGCUCACCGUCAAACUGAUUCUCCCCGAGGGAGCCAGAAACGUGCACUUGGAAACGCCCUACCCCAUCGUGCGUGGCCCCGACCAGCUUCAUUACACCUACCUGGACACGUUUGGCAGGCCUGUGCUGGUUGCCACCAAGAAGAACCUGGUGGAGCAUCACAUCCAGGACAUGGUGGUUCACUACACCUUCAACAAGAUCCUGAUGAUGCAGGAGCCGUUGCUCGUGGUCGGGGCGUUCUACAUCCUCUUCUUCACCGUCAUCGUUUACGUUCGCCUGGACUUCUCAAUCACCAAGGAUCCAGCGGCGGAGGUCCGCAUGAAGGUGGCCUCUAUCACAGAGCAGGUGCUGACGCUGGUCAACAAGCGUCUGGGCCUGUACCGGCACAUGGAUGACGCAGUGAACCGCUACAAGCAGUCGCGCGACUCCGGCACCCUCAACAGCGCCCGGAAGACGCUGGAGGCGGAGCACCGUGCCCUCACAAAUGACAUCACUGCUCUGCAGGCUCGGCUCAAGGCCGAGGGCUCGGAUCUGGCAGAAAAGGUGGGGGAGGUACAGAAGCUGGAUGGCCAGGUGAAGGACCUGGUGUGUCAGUCCUGUCAGGAGUCGGAGCGACUAGUGGCUGGGAAGGUGAAGAAGGAGACGUACAUCACGUCAGAGAAAACGCUGGCUGGCAAGCGGCAGGAGCUCAUUGCGCGCAUCGACGGUCUGCUUGACGCCCUGUAAAGCACAUGGCAUGUACGCAUCCAAAUGCGCGCACACAGUGUAGUCUUGUCUUGUGGUCAUCACUAGUCAGGCCAUGAAGAACUACAUCCGAGCCUUCCUUUUUCACACACAAACUCUCUCAUA